ACAAUCCAUGCUACUAUCUGGAAGAAUCUUAUAGACACUUUUAGAUCAAAGAUCAAUGAAAAGUCUAUUUAUGCAUUCAGCAAUUUUAAGGUCGUGGAAUCCACAAAAUAUAGGCCAGUGAGCAACGAAAUUAAAAUAUAUUUUGCAUACAAUACAAAGGUAAAGGAAAUAAAAGGAUCUUCGGAAGUUUUCCCGGAAUAUGGCUUCGAGUUUGCUACCAUGGACACACUAGAAGAAAGGGCGGAAAAAGAUACACAAUGCUCAGAUGUCAUUGGACUACUAACUCAAAUGAAGCCAGUGGAGACAAGAAUAACAAAAAGGAACCCACAACCUUCAUAUAUCCGCGAUAUUGAAAUCCUAAUGCCUGAGGGUGAUAAAAUCAGAAUCACGUUGUGGGGAAAGUUUUCUUAUUUUUUGACCGAGGAUGUAAUCGGCAGCCAAACUGACCUUAUUAUCACAUCAACGAUGGUGCAGAGAUUCAAUGGUUUGUGCCUAAAGUCAACGAGUGCCACAAUGAUAUAUAUAGAUCUGGAUAUACCAGAAACACAAGAACUUCUUGAUAGGAACUCAGCCGAAGAAACCUUACCAAAGAUGGGCAGUAUAGAUAGAAGUAAUCAAGGAACACUAGAAGAACAAAUGUUUUAUAGGAGGAGAACAUUAGAAGAACUUACUACAAUGAGGCGGGGAAACCAGCCAGACCAGGUAACGCAUCAAAAUUCCAAUAAAUGAUAUCAUCA